AUAAUUACAGAAAUAAUAGUUUUAAGUCACACUUUAGAAUUACUCGUUCUACAUUCAAUUUCCUUUUACAACAAUUGAAUUCUCAUCCAUUAUAUUCAGAUUCAGAUAAUAACAUUCCAAUAGAUAUCCAGGUAGCAACGGUUAUUUGGCGUUUAGCAAAUAAUGCAUCUUUUUGUGUGAUGGAACAAACAUUGGGAAUAUCACAAGGCUCAAUAUCUAAUUUUACAAACAAAUUUUUAAAAUCAAUGAUUGAUGUUUUUUCAAUCCUAAUUAGCUGGCCAACUGGUAAUCGAGUAGAAGAAGUUUGUCAAGGAUUUUCAAGACUUUGUUCUUCGGGACCAUGUCUAAAUGAUGUAAUUGGCGCAGUUGAUGGUUCACAUAUUCCUAUUCAUCCAAAUGUUAAUUAUCCCGAAAAAUACAUCAACAGAAAAAAUUUUUAUUCUAUUAUUUUAAUGGUCGUAGUAGACCAUAAAGAAAAAUUUAUAAAUGUUUAUAUUGGUGAACCAGGUAGUGUUAAUGACGCCAGAGUUUUUAGGAGAUCACCAGUUUAUCAAGAAAUCUUAAAAAACAAAAGACAGGGAUGCUGCCUUUCUGUUACAAUCCUGGCUCAUGACACCUAUAAAAAACCAUUUUAA